CAGAGAAAUGCAAGAAGAGGAAGAAGAGGAAGGUGCAGCAUGGAACAACAACAAAGCUGCGGACAGAUGACCUGAUUCAAUCCACGCUGUGAACUCACAGGUUCUUCAGUUCAGCUUUAACCUGUGCUACUAGCCAGCAGGGAAGCAACCUUCAAAUGCAAGCUCGGGUUUUGAACAUAAUAACAGUUAUUGAUGUGGAUCUGUGGAUCCAGAUGACCGACCUGCAGAAAUUUAACUUGAACACACUCCUCAGAACAUGCAUGCACUGUGAUUCGCGACAGAGGCCAGAAAUGAGUUGCACUUUCCACCUCCUGGCUUCACGCAGUGACUUCCACCACAGGCGUCUACUGCUUGUCUUGUCCCGACAGUCGCUGUUUCUCAGAGAGCUCAGCUCCGUUCGCCAGAUCAGCCGCAGUCUGCAAGAGAGCUACAGGCUUCUCCAACUGCCCGAUGAGGGGGACAGCACGCCUGUUCAGGUGAAAGACGCCUACUUGCGCCUAGCCAAGCUCUACCACCCGGACUCCGGUGCUCCGACUGCAGAUGCAGUGCUGUUUGCUCGAGUUGAGGAAGCCUACCGAGCCGUGCUGGCUCAUCAGAGCAAGAACAAACGACCCGAUGAAGGGAAGAAAGUGGAAGAUGAGGAUAAGGCCAGAGGUACGGCACUUCCACACAGACACUACCUCAGCUAUGAGGGCGUAGGUUCAGGCACACCCAGCCAGCGUGAGCGUCAGUACCGGCAGAUUCGCGUCGACCGGGCAAACGAGCAGGUUUUGGACUACCGUCAGAGGGAGCAUGAGAGGGCAGCCGCUGCAGAGGGGGCUCUGGUGGAACGGGACAUGCGUCAGCGCAGCCGAAAGAUCAAGAUCACUCAGGCUGUGGAGCGGCUUGUGGAGGACCUGAUCCAGGAGUCCAUGGCCCGAGGAGACUUCAGGAACCUGAGUGGAGCUGGAAAACCCCUCAACAAGUUUGAGUACAAUCCAUAUGCUGAUCCCAUGACCCACAACCUUAACCGCAUCCUCAUAGACAAUGGAUACCAGCCAGCAUGGGUCGUCUCCCAACGCGACAUCCGAGAAACCACCGCACAGAUCCGAAAGAAGCUAUUAGAGGGGAGAGCCAGACUCGGUGACCCCAUGACCCCCAAAGAACAAAACCAAUGGGAGCAGCUGUGUGCUUCUACGGAGGAAGAGUUGGCGAAACUUAACAAGAUGGUGGACAAUUACAACCUCAUUGUACCGAUGCUCAACAUGCAGAUGGUUCACUUCGGUUUGCAACGAGAGAUUGACCGUGCCGUGAAAGGAGCUGAACAGUGCAGGCUGAACCAACAGAGAGAGAGAGAGAAAGAAAGAGAGAGGAGGAAGGAAGAGAAAAGAAGAGCCAACACAGUAACUAAGCCUAAAAAUCCGAAACAAGGCCUGAUGUCUUGGAUGUGGAAUUUGCUCAGACUGAAACACUGAAACCGUGAAUCGAAGUCAACAGAAAAACAUUUGAGUUUUAUUUGUUUGUUUGUUUUUAUUCCACUUACACCAAUCAUUACAAUCCAUGGGGAUAUAUUUUAGAUAGACUUGUUCACCUGCUUGCUUCUGUACACUCUGAAUCAGAAACAGUACUGAUGCACUUUACUCUGUGCUGCUACGGUUAUUGUCCGGACAUGCAGGAUUGUCUUCAGCUGUUAGUAGACGAACAGAUUUGAGCAAUAAUGAUCAUGUGACUGUAAAGUAUGAGGAACUGCAUGUGUUGAUAACAAAGAUUACAACAUUACAUGAUGCAAUUUUAUGACACAAGUUGUUUCUGUGAAAUUACUGAUAUAACACACUAACCUUCGGUUGCUAUGUGACGUUCAAAGUGAAAUUAAAGGUAAUU